AUGCCUAUCAAUUGGGUGGGGGCUCUCCGAACCCCGAUAGCAGGAGCUGCCGCCAAGCCGCAACCUCGCUUGAACAUUGCCCGGCACCGACAAAAAUUCGGCCCCGCCAACGACCGGACCCUGCUCUACCUCUCCAUAGGUAAACCAAUUGGCCCGGUCAACUUCAAAGACAUCCAGAUGGCGUCCUUCUCCAGGGGAUUCGGCCCUCGGCUACUACUCGUCGUCCGGCUACAAGUCCCGUCCGAGUGCGCAGCAACACAGGCACGACAGCUCCUCCGUGCCCGCUUUUCCACCACCCGACUGCUCCAAAAAGGCGGCCGAUCACACCGACUCGCCAACAAGCCCACCCCCAAACCAAGCCCCGCGACGGCUCCCAAGCCCAAAGCAGCCACCCCCAAACCCGCACCCAAAGCCAAAACCGCUCCCAUCCUCGGCACCACCACCGCGAUCCCCGCCGCCCGUCCCCUCGCCACCAGCAGCGGGUACGCCGAGCAGCUGGCACUCAAGGGCCGCACGCUGCUGUACGAGUCGCCCUCGCACUUCUGGUUCCGGGCCGGGUGCUUCUCGUCCGCGACCUUCUGCGUCUCGUACGCCGUCUACCAGUACUGGACCGUGAUCCUGCACCCGCCCGAGGGGCUGAUGUGGUGGAUCCCGCACGCCUUCGGCGUCAUCCUGGUCUUCAUGGCCGGCAUGGGCGCCUACUUCGUCACGGGCGCGGGUCGCAUCGUGCGGUCUAUCGAGGCCGUCCCCGCUAGUGCGGUUGCCGCGGCCGCGGCGAAGCAGAUCGCUGGUGCCGGUGGCAGGAGUAGUCCGGUGUAUAUUCAGGUCACCACCCGCCGCAUGGGACCCUUCAUGCCGGCCAAGAAGCAUCUGCUCCCGCCGGAGGAGGUGCUCUUGCCGUUCCGGAUGUACAGCGUGUUUGGUGGCGAGAUGGGCGGGCAGAAGGCGAUGAGCUUGGCCGAGAGGGUGCGGUUGGAACGCGCGGCGCAAGAGGCCAGGAUUGCGGAGCGCAAGUAUACCAUGGAUCACCUACUGACGGCGCCGUUCCGGGACGCGAAGAAGGCCUUCGGCGGCGCGUGGGAGGGGAUCGUUCGGUCAUUUAACCGUGGCGGGUUCGUCAAGAUCCAGCUGGGGAAGCAGGAUUAUAAGUUGGAUGUUACUGGCGGCUGGGCGCUGGAUAACGGGAGGGCUAUGGAUAGGCUGUUGCCGGUUAGGCCGAAUGCGAUGAGCGCGAGGUAA